CGUCUCUCGCCCGGUCAUUGACAGCAAAACUUUGUAAACAAACACCGCUCAGACGGUGGGAUUUAUUACUGAACUGACUUGUUUUCACUUGAUAUAUAACUGGAAUAACAUAUAUUUAUAUAUUUUUUAAGAUGUAGUAUUUGGACUGUUAAGACAGAAGAGUGGUAUGCAGUAAUAACUGGAUGUCAGUCGUGUAGGAAAACUGCAGGUACUGGUACUUAGUCUGAGCACCUGCCGUACCUCGCCUGGACACGCCGGUACCAAGCUAAGCCUUUCCAGACCCGCCGACUAAAUAGUUAUGGCUCAUUAAAGGUGUGUGAGGAAAUCGGGAGACUGAUGUAUCUUAUCUAAUGAUUUUGGGCAUGAAGUCAUCAAAGGCUAUACAGGUGGGCCUGUGUGUGAAAAAUAUUGAGCCAAAAGAAGAAAAAGAAGUGCCAAAGAACUCUGCCAGACUCCAUGAGAAAUGGAGAGCAAAGAUGAAAACUUAAGUGAAGAUCACUCAAGUCAACCAGGAAAGGACCUUGGUGCUUUAUCAUUGUAUAAGAAUGUUAAUAGUGAAUGUAACAUUGAUUCCAGGGGCUUAGAGAGCAAGAAAAUAUCACCAACUCAUAGUAGUAAGGCGCAAUUAAGUCUUCCAAGUUGGGGAUUGGGAAAACCUCAUAACAACCUUCUUGGCGUCAGUGAGCCUAAGAACAGUGCAGCAUCAGAUGCAAGCAUGAAGUCAAGAAGAAGUUCCAUCAUCAAACAUAAAAAUUCUAAAACUUGUGAAGGCAAAAUACAGAAGCCAGAAAUAAAUGAGGAUACAGAGACAGAAUGUAGCACUGAUGAUCACGAGAGUUACACAAGUCAUGGAAAAUCAGGUACUGAUGAAACUAGUGAUGAAGAUGGAGAAGAAACUGUGAUUGAAACAAGCUUCGAGGAGAAUAGUUUCAAUACUUCAGUAUACUCAGAAAAAGGAAAUGACAGUUCCUCUGAACUUUCUAUUGAUCCUGUUAUAUGGACGAAAUUCAAAUUUCUCUCAUCUAUAUUAAAGGAAACACAACAUAACCUGAGAGCAAUGGAUAAUCUAAUACUCGAGCACCGUCGACUGCAGGACCUGUCCACCGUUCAAGCAGACCAAAGCAGAGAACACACAGUUGUUAACCAUAUAACUAUUCCAGUUCAACAGGGUCUUGGUGAUGGAGAGCCUAAAACUGAUGAGGCAAAAUUGGAAGAAAUUCUCAGUCUUCUGCACAACCUCACUCACACCCUGUCUUCAUAUGAACAACAUCCUCUCUUGGCAUCAACACUCCAGAGUCCAGGAACAGUUGCAGCAUCUCAUGGUUUAGUCACUACACACACCAGAUAUUUACAACCAACCUCCCACUCCCCAGAAACCAAAAAUAAUGACAAUGAUAAUAGUAUGUCUUACUCUCACAGUCAUCAUUUGAUGAAUACUGAACAGAAUAAACAUGCUUAUGAUAGCCAUCUGCAAUCAAACCCAUCAUCUGUCUGGCCAGGAAGGGUAAAUAAGAAUGAAGGAAUGCAGAACAAAUCCAUUGAUGGUUACGAGUCAGGAGUAAAAGAGAGUAAUAUUGCUGAGGCAUCAACAUCACAAUCACAUAUAAUCAGUAGGAACUCUGCUGCACAUAACCAUGAACCUUCUUAUACCAAUGUUGAGCUACUUGGAGGUAAGCAUGAAUCUGAAACAAGUGUUUACCCUGAUUUUACACCUCAUGAUUCUGUGACUGAAAGAAACAUAGAAAAAAAUGCACAUGAGAGUAAUGCUACACAAUUUUCAAAACCCUUUGUAAAAGAGCCAAUUAUUCAGAUAGUGCCAAGUGUUAGUGAAAUAUACUCAAUGCCCAAUAAAUCAGAUAUGUAUUAUUGCCAUACCGAACAUCACAGUGAGGGACUAGAUAGCCUUCAGAGUCAAGACAUUUCUCAUCCUUGGAUGAAAGAAACAAGAUCACUAAGGAAAGAUAUAGAAGAUAUAGUGGUUAGAAAGCAAGCUUUGGAUACUAGACUACAGGCGCUUAUUGCACAUCGUGCAGCUCAAAGGGACCUGGAAUUGCAUCAGCUUGAAAUUUCAAAUGGAAGACAUGUGCGUCUAAUGAGGAGUCAUAGCUUAGAAGAAGUUGAUAACAGAAAAUUAAAAACAAAAAUUAGAAAAUAUAAAAAACGAAGUAAAAGUUAUGAAGAUAAGCCUUAUCAACAGAGAAAGUCGGGAACGUCUGUGAGUGAAACAUACCUCAGCAUGAUCAAUGAAGACCAAGAUGAGUUUCCCAGCCUCACAAUGGAAAACACUGAGAAUGAUGAAAAAAUUACAGAGCUACAACAUGAUGAGGCUGACUUACCUGGCUUGGGAGAUAGUGGUCUUAGUAGUGAAAUUAACUCAAUAAAUGCAACAAUUCAGGAACUAGUGAGGGAAAAUCAUCAGUUGCAUAAAUUUCUUCAAGGAAUGACUUGUGAAUCAAUUUUUAAAGUAGACCAAGAAAAAUUGGCCCUUGAAGCUAGAAUACAAUUACUGAGUGAGGAAAAUGAAGCAUUAAAAUUAUCUUUAAAUGAUGAAGAAUGUACAGUUGAUGAGAGUGAGACCAAACAUAGCAACAAAACGGUUUCAUUUUGCAUUGAUGGAGGUAAUGAUGAAGAGCCAGAGGCAAAAGUAUAUAGUAUAAACACAGACGAAACUAACAAGGUAAUGGAAGAAGAUGGCAAAAAACAAACUCAGGAUAAUGUUUCCCAUUCACUUAUUAAUUCAGUGAAACUGAUCCCUAUUACACUAGGCGAGUCAAAGAGUAGCCAGGUGGAAAAAGACAUAUUUAAUCAUGCUAAUGAUCAGCCACUAUUUGAGAAUGAAGAAAUAUUGAGUAGUGCUAAGCCUCAGUCAUUAGUUGAAGUUGAUUUAGCAGGUAUCCUGAAAGUUGAAGUUGAGCAUUUAACUCAAGAAAAUCAGAAUCUCUUGAAAAUAAUAGAAGAAGAAAGAAAAAUUAGUGAGGGAGCAAGAAAACAGUUAACUGAGAUAAGUCAGCAACAAGAAGUAAAGAAAGAUGCCAAAGAAACACAAACUGACUUGAAGGGUGAUACUUGCAGUGUUGAAGCAGACAGCUAUAAAGAAAUGGAAAAACUUCAUAUUAGAAUUAAGAAACUUACAGAAGAGAAAGAAAAAUUGAGCUGCAAACUUUAUGAGGAAGUUUCUGACCGAGAUUUGGAAAGUGCAAGACUAGAAGCACGAAUUCGAAUACUUUCUGAACAAAAACAAAAUCUGACAGAAAAGUUGAAUGAGGUAACAUCAUCAAAAAUAGACAUGGUUGAAAAAAGUUGUCAAUCAGAGUUAGCUGUCUACCAUGCAGACCUAAGUGGUGACAGAGAUGGUGAAAGCAUUUUAACUGUUACAGUGAGCAGUGUUUAUGAUGCAAAUGCCCAGGCAAAAUCAACCAUAGGUGUCCCUGAUGUAAAUGAUUUAGGAAACCUUGAAAGGGUUGGAUGUUCACUUAAUAUGCAAGAUACCAGAAAUAAUGAAGAUAUGAUUACCUGUGCUAAUGUCAGUACAACUAUGACAAUUUUAGAAGACUCUUCUGCAUUUGUUAAUGAUACCAUUCAAACUGAGGCAAACUUGGACAACGUCACAGUUCAGGGCAUUCCUAAUAGCUCUUCUGAGGCAGUCAUUAGAGACAAUGAAAUUAUCCUUAGUGAUAAUUCAACACCCAUUCCAAAUUUAGGUAAGAAUAUAUCCAUCACUCGUUCUGAUCAAGCUGUUAAUAUAAACGAUGGUGACACUACAUCAUCAUCUUUCAGUACUUCAGUAAUGACAGUAGCAUCUGAAAAGUUGCACGAGACCGUAUCAGGUGGUAAGGCUGAUUAUCAAUCGGCAAUUUUUAAAAAUAGUGCUCCUGCUAAUCAUACCAGUAGAUCUUUGAACACUGAAAAACAUUGUAUUGUAUUGUUAGAUCAAAAUACAGGCCGUGUUCAAAAUGAAAUCGGUGUAGAUUGUGACCAUAGUCAUAUUUAUAAUCAGGAUUCAAAAGAUGAUUCUAAAUUAAUGCUGCAACUUGACGAAUUAUUGAAACAAAAUGAAGUAAUAACUCAUAGUCUAAAUGAUUUAAAAUCCUCAGCAUUGACAUCGGAAACUUCUCUGGAAUCUACUAUAAUGAAAGUUAUGGAAAAACAUGGUAAACUAAUACAAAAUAUUGAUGAAAAAUUAACCAUAGCUAGAUCAUCUGACAAGUGUGAAUAUGAAUCUAGUUUAAUGAAGUUGACAAGAGGUAAUCAAGAGUUAUUCAGUAUUCUUGAACAACAGCAAGAAAAGAUUGAACUACUAAUCAAUGAAAAUAGUUCACUGGAAAGGAAGUUACAAAUAGCUCAGACAGAAAGCAAAGAAAAGUAUAGUGUGGACGGGGAGAGGGAGACACCCCAAGUGCUCAGAAUGUCAAUUGAAAGUGCAAAUGAAGCGAAUGAAGAGACUUUCUUAGAAAUGGAAGACAAAAAGAUUGUUGCCAGCACAUUUCCGGGUGAAGAUUCGCAUCAUGAUUCAGAGUUUUUAACAGAAAACUGUGAAAAUGUUCCAGUUGGCAGAGAAGAUAUAAAUUCUCCACAGGGUAAAAAUGCAAUUUCUGGUGAUGAAGGAAACACAAUACAGUCCAGCACCCAGUCUCAGUCAUCUGAUCCACUGGACACCAGAAGCAAGCCUCAGAAUUACACUUGGGGACCAACUGCAGAAAGGAAGACUAUGGAAAAUGGCCAGGGCUCCGAAGGACUGCUCACUUUAACGCUGAAACGAGAAAAGGAAAACUGGACACUACUGCUACAGCAAGCAGAGAAUGAGAAGCAGAUUCUUCAAGACCGCAUUAUUACAUUAGUGAAUGAGAAUAAUUGCUUGGCAGCAAGACUGGAAGAAGUGGUUGGGAUGUCUCGCAACUUGAGUGACCAGAUGCACUCAGCAAAAGAUCAGCUUAUAAAAGUAACAACUGAAAAAGAAGAUUUACAGAAGAAAGUCAGGUCUCUGGAGGAGGGUAAAGAAUAUAGCUCCUUAAGUUUAUCCGACUCAAUUGGCAGCACUCGAUUCACCCAACGACUCAGGGAGCGAACACGCAACCUGCAGAGUGAAGUAGAGCAAGCAUGGCAAGAAGUUCACCAGCGCACUAUAGAGCGAGACAGGGUUUCUGCCGAGAAAGAGAGCCUUGAGUGUACCUAUACCAUCAGUCUUAAUACAGCUAGAAAGGAGAUUGAGGCAUUAAAGAGCCAGUUAACAGUCGUUGAGAAAGAGAAGGACAAAAGAUUAGUUGAACUGACAAACACUCAAAAUGAAUUAGAGAGAAGGUCAGCAGAUAUGAUGAGGGCUGCCCAGGACACCAGUGUUGCUCACUGGGACAGGCUCUUGGAUGCUGCUGAUAGAAGACUAGAAAGUUUGCAGAAUGAACUCAGGAAAGGACAGGAGCAACUUCAGAAAGAAAGAGAAGAAAGGAAGAGUGUAGAAGCUAAACUGGAAGAAAUAAAGAAACAGAAGAUAUCUUCAGCUCCUGUUCACAUUGGCGAGAGUGAGCUGCUUCAUACCAGAGGAGAGCGAUACUGGCUGGAAACUGUUACUCGUCUCAAGGGUCAGCUGCAGCAGGAGCAGCUACGGUCACGUUUACUGGAAGCUGCUGACCAUGAGAGCUCUGCACGUAUUUUGAUUCUUCAGCGCAGUAUUCGGGAAACAAUCGAGGCACAUGAAACUCUGCAGGCAAAGUACAACCAGCUUCGCUCUGCCUAUCGUGCUAAAAAGGCAGAGAAGAUUCGACACAGAGAGCUUUCACAGCAGUACACUGCACAGGUUAAAGAGCUUGGUAAAACAUCUGCUGCUCUGGAAGAAAAUUUUAAGAUCAUGCUGGCUGCCCUUGGUGAAAAUAUUGACAUCACAGUAGGAAUCCUGACGUCACACGUGUUUUUAUCUCCCUGUGUGGUUCAUCCAGGUCCGGACUUACGCCUUGACCCCGAGGCAUGGUUUGGGGCUCAACAAGCAAGGCUUAGAUGGCUGCAAACCCAGCUCAGAAAACUUUGCCUACAUAGCUGGAAAAUGGCAGAUCUUCCAAAAACUUCAAAUUUUGUCACACAAGUGACCGAGUCAUCCGUUACAGAGCCGCAUCCCACACAUUUCACCACUCCAACUAAAACACCAAAAUUCUCAACAGAUGUGGGACACAAAAGCUCAUGUCUUGUACAAACAUCAGAAAAUUGUACAAAGAAAAAUGAUCUCUCACAACUGUCCAUCCUAGAUGAGAGUCGAUCAUAUACAGUUACACCUGUAAAAAAGGUAAAUGUAUCAAGUAUUUCAGUUAAUGCUGCUUCAUCAGAAUAUGAGUCUCCUUAUACAGGAAAAGGUCCAAUAUCAGAAAAUCUUCAUAGCUUGAGAAAUGUGAAAUUGGAAAAAUUUAGUAAUGUCACCAACAUUCCAACUCAGGAACAACAGGUUACGAAUGCUUGUACCCCAGACAUUGCACAGCUUAGCAGAAGCUCUAAAAGUUUGAAUGAAGCAGAACGAAUCUUGACUAGUCAGCAAAGGGAACUAUCAGAAGCCAAGUACAGGCAGUACAAAGCCCUAAUUUACAAUCUCCAACGAGAUUUAGAGUACCCUAUGGUUCUUUCACCAAGUGUUCCAUCAUCCAUGAUCACAACACCAGAGAAUAUACCAGCCCAAUAUCAUGACUUUGCAGGGGAAAGCGAACAUGAUUCUGAAGUUUCUACAUCAGAGAUGCCCGUUUCUCAGGCUUCAUCAUCUAGAACAUUGGUUUCACCUGUGGGAACAGGGAGUUCUUCACAACUACUGAGUCAGUCCUUAAAAGAUAAGGAUUUGCCUUCAGUGGCAAAAGAUGUUUCAGAGAACCAAAUCCCAUCCAUGGGUAAUACUAUGUCAUCAGAAACAAAGUCUUCCUUAGAAUUUAAGGAUUUAUUAUUGAAAGUGAAUUUGCCAUCACAAGAAAAUCUAAAUACCUCAAAGGAACCUAAUAAAUUGGCAAAUUUAGAGUCCCUUGGAAAGGAAAGAGAAAGGCAAAAGGUAAGUAUGCUUGGUGAAUUUGAAAAUGAAAGUGGGUCAAAGGAUUGUCUUAAAGAGGAAAGGGCAAGCCAUGGGUUGGACAGUGACAAAGAUAAGGACAGCUGGGAGGGAAAUGGUGAGGAAGAUUUUAUCUUUGCAUUAGUGAAGAGUGAAGUAGAUGAUCAUGACAUGGAUUGAUUUUUUGUUUUUAAAUGGUCAGUUAAAUUUGAAGUACUGUACUCUAAUAUGAGUAGCUAUUGAGAAUAAUAACAAAUCUAAAAUUAACAUUACUACUUCAGAAAAGUGACAAUUAUGUUUUUGAAGCAUAGAAACAAAUUUUUUUAAUUUUCAGUACCCCCGUUACCUCAUUUUUUAUGGUCUUUUAACUGCUUUUAAUUUCUUCAUCAGUAAAUUUUUUCUCAUGUUUGACCUUAAUAUGUCCACAUUCUAAAGUUACAGGUAUAUUUUUGACAGUACAGUAUUUAAGAUGAAACUGUAAUUAUAAGGAUGCUUAAUGUGUUAUAGUGCAUUUGGCAUGGCUUGGUGUAUAUUUUAAUAUGACAUUUGUAUUGUAUUUUGUAGCUUGCUUAUGUUAUAUGCUUAGUAUAGUGUCCACUGCUGUACAUUGGUCCAGUUUUUGGCCCAACUGUUAGGUUAUACUGAAGGUCUAGUCAUGUGUGACACUGAUUAGCAUUGUUGGCUUGCUUGAAAUAUUAUAAUUAUUCUUAUGAAAAUGACCUGAAUAAUUUCCACAUUAAUUUGCUUUCUAUACAUCCUCAGUAAUUCAGAAAACUACAUACUGGGUAAUUACAAAAUGAGAAGAAUACAAGUCGUCUGUUUUGACUUCUAAUUCAUUCAGUGCAAUAGGAAAAACAUAUUUACACACUAUUUUUAAAGUAAAUCACAACAUUUUGGAAGAAUGUAGAUUAUUACAGUUGCAAUGGGGAUGGAAUUACUCUGAGCUAUAGAUACUGCAUUCAGGAUAAUUUCAAAUUCUUCUGAAACUAAAAAAAUUCAGUACAGCACCUGCCUCUGAUUAAACUUGUGCAUUAAUUAGUAAAUGUUUAUUGGUAUUGUGUAGUAUUCAAACAAUGUUCUUUGAUUAGAUUAAGUUUACCAAUAUGUUUUGAAAGGAAUCACGGCAUUUAAGAAAUUACCUGAAUGAAGUAUUACUAUAAGGAUAUUUAUGGUAUAAAUGGUAUGAAGGUUUUGACUAAGCACUGACCUGUCUGACCAUUACUACAAGAAUGCAAGAAAUAAUUAAGUGGCUAAGAUUGUGUUUAUUGAGGACCAAACCACAAAAUGGAGAAACAGUGACAUUUCAGUCCAUCCAGGACCUUUAUCUAGUUGUGUGAGAAGAGAGAGAGAGAGGAAGGUACAGUACUGUACAGUAUUUGAUUUUGAUGGUAAGCUAAUUGACCUAAUGAUUUUGGUUAAUUAGAAUAUACAGUAUUCUUUAAUACUGUAUAGGGUAAAUAUUAGUGUUAAAAAUAUUUAUGUAUUCUAUGCUAAUGUCAACUAUUCAUGACAUUUCUAAUUAAGAAUAAUGCUGAUUUGUUUAAUUUAGUUAUUUAUUUAAUACAAGGCAAGCUGAUUUUUAUUCUCAAUUGGAAUAUGGAUUUGAAAAGUGUAGAACAGAAAUCUAUAAAAAGGAUUUAGAAAGUAUAGUUCUAAAUCCUAGAUAUAAUUUAAUUCUGGGAGCUAUGAAUAUAAUAUUUUGAAGAAAAAAAACUGAGUUUGAAAGAAAAUUGUAAUAAUCUUCUGACAUCAAAGAGAAAAUUAGUUCACCAAAGCAAAUUGUGAGUAUGUGAAGAGUGAGUCAACCAAAGCAUGUUGUGGGUAUGUGAAGAGUGAGUCAAUCAAAGCAUGUUGUGGGUAUGUGAAGAGUGAGUCAACCAAAGCAUGUUGUGGGUAUGUGAAGAGUGAGUCAAUCAAAGCAUGUUGUGGGUAUGUGGAGAGUGAGUCAAUCAAAGCAUGUUGUGGGUAUGUGAAGAGUGAGUCAAUCAAAGCAUGUUGUGGGUAUGUGAAGAGUGAGUCAAUCAAAGAAUGUUGUGGGUAUGUGAAGAGUGAGUCAAUCAAAGCAUGUUGUGGGUAUGUGAAGAGUGAGUCAAUCAAAGCAUGUUGUGGGUAUGUGAAGAGUGAGUCAAUCAAAGAAUGUUGUGGGUAUGUGAAGAGUGAGUCAAUCAAAGCAUGUUUAAAAGCUCCCAGCACUCAAAUAUUGUACAGUAUGAUUAAAGUGAGCAGCUGCUGGUAGAAUGACACAUUGAAUAAAUUUGGAACAGGGUGUGUGUAACCAUUUCCACAUUCCAUCAAGAUAUUCAUAAUAUGUGUAUUGUACAGUAUUUGUCUUCCUAAGUAAGUGCUCUCUGAAUACCAGAAUUGCAUUUGCUGCUUCCCUGGAGUCACUGCUGCUAGUCACCCACCCGUCCCACUCCCUUCACUGCUACCAUUCCCUAUCUUGCGGAAUACCGACCGUUUCCGAGACUUUUUGGGCUGUGUGUUUAUGUAACUUAAUAUAACUAUAUAACUUGUAUAACUAUAACUUAAUGGAAGUAAGGUAAUGAAGUAUUAUUUACAGGACUGAUGCAUAGUAUAGUCCAAAUUUUGAGUUACAGAACAGUUUCCUAUAAAAUCUCUCAAGUUCAGUGGUGGUCAUUAAGGGUCACUAAAUAAAGUUUCUUUUUUUUUAAGAUUUAAAUAAAAAUCAUCAAAAGUUUAUGUAACAUGUACAGGAUUAACAAGACCCUGGUGUGAAUAAAAACAUUGCAUAUUUUAAAUUUGGAAGAUAUUUCUGGGUGUUUGAGACCUGGGAGAAUUGAUAAAUGUUAGUAGUUUCAUUAUUUAUAUUUGUAAUAGUGAAUACCAAAUACUGUACAUAGCUUUUAAGUAGAUAAAUAUAUCUGGAAUAUGUAGAGUUCAAGUUUUACACCGUAAACUGAAAUACUAUUCACAAUUUGAACAUUUGUUUAUAUUAUUAUUGUAUUUGUAUAAUAAUCUUGGUUUGUUAAAUCUAAGUAUGAAAAUUAGAGCUUAAGACUACACUGAUGGUCUUGGGUAACUUCAGUGGCAACAAUGUUACUGUAUUUAUAAAUAUUAUAUUUUUAGGAACACUUUAUAUUUCAUAUACAUUUAUCCAUACAUGUUGGAUUACAGGUAAUACUCCUGCAUUUUUUUCAGUGUUAACUUAUUUGUAAUUUAUACUUGAUACAGUAUUUAAUAAUGUGCAACAAAUGUGUUAUGUAAUAUUUACAACAUAAUUAAUUUUGAAAGACUAAAUCAUGCAAGGCUAUACACUGGUUUAAUAUUCAGGUUAAAGCCCAGUUAAUUCCAGCUGCAGCAUCUCUGUCUUGUUUUUAUAUAUUUCUGUGGUCCAAGUGGUGCCCUUAUCACUCCAUUCUUAUCACUGUACCUGAAGUGAAUGAACUUGCCGUCCAUGCAUUUUUCGUGAUAACUAAGACUAAAAUAUUUUAUACAGGUCAUACAAAACUUCAGAUGAAUAGAAAUUAAAGAUCCGAGUGAACAAUUUUCAUACUCUUUAUUUUUCCAGUAUUUGAACAGCAUUUAUAUUCGUAACUUACAAUACCUAUUAGUAUGCUAAAAGAUAUCCAAAAUAAUUUAAGUACACUAGUUUGUUAUGAAUUAUGGGUUACAUGCCACCUACAGUGAGAGAUGGUGCAAUGACUAAUUUUGUUAUAAUGAACUGACUUUAUAAAAACUUAAUUCUGUACUGUUACAUUUUCGUAUACUGUACAUUUACAAUGUCGUAUAACAUUUGAUUUUUUAUCAAUAAUAUAUAAAUACUGUAAUUGAUUCAAAACUUUUUCCCUUCGUAAUUCAGUAUAUUAAUUUUAAAACAGAAUGUUUAAUAUUUCAUGUAUUUCUCUUUCUUUCCAUGAAGAGUUUUCCCUCACUUUGGGUAGUUAAGGAAUUUAGAAUUGUGUGAUAAUAGGUAUGCAAUAUUUUGCCACCUGAAGUCAACUGAUGAAUGGGCAUUACAGUGUAAUGAAGUCUGACUUGUUAAGUUACACUAUGUACAGUGUAACAAAUUAUACAUACAAUAAUAUAUAUAUAUAUUAUAUAAUAUAUAAUAUUAGUGAUGCUUGUUGCACUAAUAUAUAUAUUAGUGUUGCUUUUAAAGGCUUCCAAAAAUGUAAGUAUAGUACAAUAAUGAAAAUAAAUCUUACUUUUUAUUUACGAUUCAAACAUUUGGUGAUGCGUAAAAAUGUUCAAAGUGAGCUUGUUCCGACAUUUAUGCAGUGGCAUUUUUCUGUACGCUGGUUUUGUGACUUUUUCAGGCCAUGGAGAAUGUAAAAGGCAUUGCAUCAAGAAAAUUAUGGUAAAAUUAUAAUCGGCGAAUCACGGCUCUCUACUUUAAUUACGUAUCCUAGGUGGAUGAGUCAUAUGAUGCCUGUUUCUGGCAAACUAAUGCAACAUCAAUUUGCUGUACAGAUCUGAAAACAGUUACUUUUUUGCCACUUUUGCUUGUACAGUAUUGGCAUUCUUGGUGAUAUUUAGCUCCCUCUGAUUAUUUCGCACUUUGAUGGUGCUACAUAGCCUUCCCGGUUUGGUGCCUUCUUUUGAUAAUUACCUUACCUUUGCCACUUUUGAGGCAUAUGCUAAUAGUGUUAUCAAUAUUCCUUUAAAAAAAUGCUAUACACCCACAGCAUUUGGUUUUUAAUUCAAUUAACAUUAAUUUAUGAGAGAAUAUCACCAAAAAAGCAUAAUGAUAUGGUACAAAUUGAAUUAAGUUGAUCCAUAGACAAGAAGUAACCCCCCAUGACAAGUGAACAAUGACAAGUUCAUUGAUGAUGUUUUAAAGCUUAUUGGUUAUAAAGUAGAGACAUCUAAAAUACCUGUGAAGUUAUCCUGAAAUUCCUAUGUUAAGUAGAACAAGCUCAGUUUAUUGUGCGUGUUUACUGCCAAGUAUAAUGUCUAGUCUUAGAUAAAUGUUAAUAUUAA